AUGAAGCCGAUUAGAUUACCACUGAGGCGACACAGGAUCGAGGGUGGGAGAGAGUGCAGAGAGGACAAUGGGCGGGAAACCGUGGAUCUGAAGAGGUUCGUAAGCAUGUUUGUCAACCAGACUCUGAAGGAGAUGAAGGAGGCCCUGGGAAAGUUUUACUCCAUCUCCGAGACAGUGUGCAGAAGGGAGUUGAGUGUGUUUUUCCGGCAGAAGGCGGCAGACUUUGAGUGUCUGUUUCUCCUUAUAAGUGGAGUCGAGUACCUGAAGGAUGCAGGCUCAAAUAGACAUAGGAUCAGGAAGAUCAAGGAGGUGGACGGAGAAUAUGUGUCGGCUGCAGACAGACUUGCAUAUCUGUUUGAAUCCUUCAAAUCGAUGAUUGUGCCCAAGAGCGAUGUCCUUACUUCUCUUCAAACAGCCUACAACCCCGGAUAUCUUCUCCCAAAGCUUGGUAGAGACGGCGGCGGGCGCAGGGUGACAAGCUUCGAGGAGAUCGAUAGGAUCAGCAGGAUAUAUCUGGACAAGGAGGAUCUGUCUGUGUACAGUAGCGUUGUGAUCGAGGAGGGAAUUGUCAUUCUAUCGACCCGCUUUUUUUCGUUUAGCCUUGCACUGUGCGGAGAGAUAUCGAAACCAGAGUGGAAGUUAAUAAACGUCAAGGGAGAUAACGAGGUCUUUAAUAAACACCUGUUAUUUGCCAUGCCCCACAGAAUAGACAAGAUCUCGAGGUUUCUAAGGAUUUACGAGACACACACCAAGGCGCGGGAGAUGUUCCUGAUGGUGAAGAGAUCCUCUGAGCAUAUAGAAAUGAGCAUAAAGGGGCAUUACAGAAGGUUUGAGGUUUCUUUCCAUGUGUUCAAGAUGGCUGUGCAUGUUGAGCGCUGCGACAUCAGGGGUAAGCUGUUUGUAGGGGAAGAUGUGUAUCCCUCUGGACCGGAUGUGAUAAAGUCGUUUGAAGACAGUGUUUCCGAGUACCUUUGCAGAGAUGGAAGAAAUGUCUCCUUUACCUUUGAAAAGGGAUUUACGGUUCGCGAUGGCAAAGACGGGUGUGCCUUUAGAAGCUUUGUGGAUCUUGAUGUUUUUCUAGAGAGGGAGAGAGAGAACUCUGUCUUCUACAGCUUUUUCGAGGAAAGAUUUCCUUGCUAUCGAAACCAUAGGAGCAGCAUGUUUGGGGAUAGAAAUGUGUUUAUCAUGAGGAAUGGACUCUUUGUGUGUGUCCGGCUGGUCAGGCUUGUGGAGGGCUCCAUGGAGGUGAGGAUAUUUGUUGGGAACUGUGAGCUUGUAGACUUCCUAAGCUACACAGAGGUUAAACUAGAAGUCGGAAGCAAUGGCGAGGUUGUGGGGAUUCUGGGUAGAAGAGAAGGUCCGGGGCCAAACAUUGGAAUAGAAGAUCUGCAUGAGUAUUUUGAGGCGAGCAUGGAUCUUCUGUUCUUCUCCUAUCGAUUUCUUCCUGUGAUCGACGGAAACAUCACCGUUGGUCGGAAGAUUCUGCUGAGCCAUAGAGCUAAGGGUGACCAGAUCGACAUUCGCAUAGAGAGAAGGGAUGAUGGUUUUGUUGUCGAAACCAGUAGAUUUGGGACAAGGACGGCGGGGGUUGAGGGUAUCUAUGGAUGCGUCGCCUUUGCCUUGCUGUUGAUGGAUGUUUUUACAGCUUCAAGAGACUCUGAGGUGCUAAGCAUCAUUUCGAUCGAUCUGUCGAAGGGUGUGUCACUAAGGCUUUCCGGCUUCUUCAUAACUCUUCAGCUGAAUGAAGAAGAUGCUCUCGAAGCAAGCCCACUGGCAGUGAGGCAUGCGUUGGGCAGAUGUCCUCUCUUGGGUGUCAUGGAUCUUCUGUGCUGCUUUCGUGCCUUUUUUCCCAGUGGGCUUGUGCCCACAACAUCUACCCCCACGAGUCUGAUCUUUGCAUUCAAGCAUCUGUUCAAAGGGUCUGUGAAGGUAAGAUUGAUUGACAGGACCAGAUACAGACUCUCUCUGAGGGGGGGGAGGACAAGGGAUAUAUUCGGAGGAUUUGGAACAGAAAUACUGAGCUCGGACACCGUCUUUCCCCGAAAGCUAGCUGGAUUCUACUUCAAGGAGCGGAUCUACUUGAUAGCUGAUGCAGCAAGGAAGAGCUACGACGUAACUGUCAGCGAGAAUGAGGUGGGCAUCACAACACCAUGUGGGCAUUUUAAGGUCUGGAUCGAGAACAACAGGUGUAUGUUCCGGGUCUGCCCGGAGGACACGCCAGAGGUAAGCGACGAGUUCGCCCAAACAAUCGGCAAGUAUUUUGGAGAGGCCAUGGCUACGGAAAGGAAUAUUCAUGACUCCAUGAAGCUUCUGAACAGCACGGAUGAGCUUGUCAAGUUAUUUAAAGACAUUAAAUCGAAAGAAAAGAUCAAGUACUACAAUGACCAAAUUCAUUAA